AUGUCAACAGGUCGCCGUAUCCUUUCGGAAGGCGAAAAAGAACAAAUAAUAUUUCCUCCUUCCCAAAACAAUGAAAAUGAAAUUAUUGAAAAAAUACAAAAAAGGGUUAAAAAUAAAGAAAAUUUAAUAGUCGAGGAAGAGAUUGAGGAAGAAAAAGAUGAAAAAUCUUUUUGUAAGGAUACCCACGAACUUUGUUGUUUUUGGGCGGUAGCUGGUGAAUGUAAUAAUAAUCCCUUUUGGAUGAGGGUAAAAUGCCCUAUGACAUGUGGAACGUGUGGGUGUAAAGUCAAAAAUGCCAAUAGAUGUAAAUCAACUGGUGUCAAAUGUAUUUUGCCUACCACAACAACUACCACAACAGAAGCAACCACUUCCACAACUUCAACAAGUACAUCAAGAAGUACACCAACUUCAAUAAGUACACCUACUCCCCCUCCCUCGACUUCAACCACACCUUCGAAUAGAAGAAGACCCCGUCCAACAGCUCCCCCAAAAAUGCCUGGGCAUCGUCCACAAAGGCCGAAGCAACCCAAAUCUACAAGUACAACCACAAAACGCCCAAAAAUUGUUAGUCAAGAGAAAGAAUAUCCACCCCUUAUAGCCCCCUUUAUUUCUUCGUUUGGUGAUGGUGGUGGUGGUGGUGGUGGUGAUAGUAAUAAAAUUGAUAAUUUUGAUAAUUUAUUUAAUCGUGAUUAUUCCGAGGAAGUAGAAGAACCCCGAAUCGAAACAACUCUAAUCCCCUUUAAAAAACAUUCAAUUACUUUUACUCGCUCAACUCAGAUUUAUGAGGAAGAGGAUUUUAAUAGAAAUGAAAAGAAGCUUAAAGAGGGCGAAAAGAAGAAGAAAAUUAAUUUGAAGGAUAAGACAACUCCUCUCGUUCCCAUAACAUCACCAACAGAAACAUCAAAAACAUUGACAACCAUAAAAACAUCAAUAAACACAACAAUAAUAACAACAACCAAACAAACAUGUUUUAAUUACCACAAAUUGUGUGAAUUUUGGGCAGAGAUGGGAGAAUGUUUGGCAAGUAGCAAUCCCUUUUGGAUGCGUCCACAUUGCCAGAAAUCGUGUUCGUCGUGUGGGGAAACAUUGGGUGAUAUUUCUACUCCAACACCUAGAAGAGGUUAGAGAAAGGAGAAAAACAAUGUUUUUCUUGUCUAGCAAAACUUCAAAUAAAAAUUCCCUAAAUCUCUCGUUAUCUCUGUUA